AUGUCAACGCAAACAUAUCCAAAACAAUAUCCCUUUUUAACAAGACAAGAGUUUGAUGUUGCAGCUAAAUCUUUUUUAGAACAAUCAAAAAAUGUUGUCGGUGAAGGAUUUGGAUAUUUAUCCCGAAAAAUGAUUAUUCAAAAAGUGAAUGCGUAUUCGAAUGAAUUCAAAACUGAAGAUAUUACACCUAUAACGACAGAUGUUGAACAAUUCGAACAAGUAGAAGAAGUAGAAGAUCCCGACGGAACACCAUUAACAAUUGACGAAAUAUAUUCUUGUUUGAUUCAACCUUCGAGGCUAGAAGAUAUAAAAGUCGCAGGAUUUCAUGGAGGAAUAUCACAACAGGAUCAUCCUACGCUUUUAAUUCCAUUCUAUUAUCUUCAUCCAUGUGAAACGGCUACUUUAAUGAAAUCAAUUGUUGAUAGACCACGAUCUACAAAAUUCAAUUCGGAUAAUAAUAAUUUAUUAAUUUCGUUAGAAGGUUACAUUAGAAGUUGGUUAAGCUUAAUUGGUAAUGUUGUUGGAAUAAAGAUUGAAAUUGAUUAUUUUUUAUAA